UACACUAGUGAAAUGACUCCAGUGAGAGCGUGAGAGAGAAUCAGUAACAGUUUCAACAACGCGUCUCGCUUAGGAGUAGCUUCUCGUAUGUUGCUCUCUGAAAGGGCAAUGAUACGAUGAAUACUAUCAGGUGUUUUGUGUUCGUUUUCGCAAUUGCAAGUAAUUCAUUCACCUCUGCGUAUGAUGAAUGUAACGAUCCACUUUUGGACAGAGCUCACUUAACAGCUACCACAUCAUUACCUAACAGAGGUCCAAAAAAUGCCAGGCUUAAUGGCGGAAGCGCAUGGACGGCUAGCAGUUCAGACUUUGGUCAGUACCUUAUAAUCGACCUGGGUCAAAUAAUGAACAUCACAGCUGUGGAGACCCAGGGACGAGCAGUACAAAAUGAGUAUGUUAUGGAAUAUGUUAUCAGUUAUGGUACAAAUGGCCUGGACUACGUUGAUUACAAAGAAGAAGAUGGUAAUGUUAAGAUGUUUAAAGGCAACGUAGAUGGUGAUACUAUAAAACUUAAUAAAUUUGAAGUACCAAUUAUUGCACAAUGGAUAAGAAUAAAUCCAACCCGAUGGCGGGAUAGAAUAUCGUUAAGAAUAGAAUUGUAUGGAUGUGGUUAUGUGUCUGACAUUCUUUCCUUCAAUGGUUCAUCUCUUUUACGGUAUGAUUUAUUGAGGGAACCAAUAGAAACUGACAGACAUUUCAUACGCUUCCGGUUCAAAACGAACAAUGCAGAUGGUAUUUUAAUGUACUCUCGCGGGACACAAGGGGAUUACAUAGCUUUACAAUUAAAAGACAACAGAAUGAUAUUAAAUAUAGAUUUGGGGUCUGAUAUCAUGACUAGUUUGUCUGUUGGUAGCCUUUUGGAUGACAAUAUGUGGCACGAUGUUCUAAUAUCGCGUAAUAGGAAGAAUAUCUCAUUCUCUGUAGAUAGGGUAUUAAUUAGGGGAAGGAUAAAAGGAGAGUUUCAUAGACUGGAUUUAAAUAGAGCAUUAUAUAUAGGUGGUGUACCUAACAAACAAGAUGGAUUGGUAGUCAAUCAAAAUUUUACAGGGUGUAUAGAAAACUUUUAUCUAAAUGCGACUAGCAUUAUUCACGAUUUAAAGGAAACAGGAAUUACCGGGGAGAAUCUAAGAUAUUACAAAGUGAAUACGCUUUAUAGCUGUCCAGAACCACCUAUAAUCCCUGUAACAUUUUUAACUCAUGGCUCAUAUGCCAGACUUAAAGGAUACGAGGGAGUAUCUUCUUUGAAUGCUUCCCUCACUUUUAGGACAUACGAAGAUAGAGGAAUUAUUUUAUAUCAUCAAUUUACUUCACCUGGUUUCGUAAAGCUAUUUUUGGAAGAUGGUAGAUUGAAAGUUGAUAUUCAAACGAAAGGAAGUCCUCUAGUAACUUUAGACAAUUUCGAUGAAAAGUUCAAUGAUGGAAAAUGGCACCAAGUUAUAUUAACAAUUUCAAAGAAUAACCUUAUCCUAAAUGUCGAUGGAACACCUAUGAGGACGAGACGUAUAUUAGAUAUGAUCACAGGACCUGUUUACAUGAUUGGUGGUAUGACAGGCAUAGAGAGCAACCGCGGUUUCGUUGGUUGUAUGAGAAUGAUUAGUAUUGAUGGCAACUAUAAGCUACCAACCGACUGGAAGGAAGAGGAAUACUGUUGCAAGAACGAAAUUGUCUUCGAUGCAUGUCAAAUGAUGGAUCGUUGCAAUCCAAAUCCGUGCAAACAUUCUGGUGUAUGUCGUCAAAAUUCUGAUGAAUUCUUCUGUGAUUGUGCCAAUACAGGAUAUACAGGAGCUGUCUGUCACACUUCCUUGAAUCCUCUAUCAUGCGAAGCAUAUAAAAACAUAAACUCAGUCAGUCAACGAGCAGAUAUUAAAAUAGACGUUGAUGGAAGCGGUCCUUUGAAACCAUUCCCGGUAGUUUGUGAAUUCUAUACAGACGGACGCGUGAGGACUAUCUUGCGACAUAACAAUGAACGCAUUACACCUGUGGAUGGAUUCCAAGAGCCGGGUAGUUUUGAACAAGAUAUCAUUUACGACGCGGACAUGGAUCAAAUCGAAGCUCUUCUUAAUCGAUCCACGAAUUGUAGACAAAGGAUCAGUUAUGAAUGUAGACUUUCUAAACUGUUCAAUUCUCCAGUACCGCAAGGAGAUUAUUUCAGACCAAACUCGUGGUGGGUCAGUAGAAAUAAUCAGAAAAUGGACUACUGGGGAGGAGCAUUACCAGGUUCACGUAAAUGCGAAUGCGGUAUACUUGGAAAUUGCGCGGAUCCUACAAAAUGGUGCAAUUGUGAUGCUGACUUGGAUACUAUCUUAGAAGACAGCGGAGACAUCACUGAAAAGGAAUAUCUUCCAGUUAAACAAUUACGAUUUGGUGAUACUGGUACACCGGUGGACGAUAAAAUGGGUCAUUACACGCUUGGGCCACUUAUUUGUGAGGGAGAUGAUCUGUUCAAGAACGUAGUAACAUUCCGCAUCGUUGAUGCUACCAUCAACCUACCAACCUUUGAUAUCGGUCACAGCGGUGAUAUUUAUUUCGAGUUUAAAACGACCAUCGAAAACGCUGUUAUAAUUCAUAGCAAGGGACCCACAGAUUAUAUAAAGAUUUCUAUAAAUAGUGGAAAUCAGAUUCAGUUCCAGUAUUUAGCAGGUAGUGGCCCACUUACGGUCAGUGUACAAACCUCGUACAAAUUAGCUGAUAAUCGAUGGCAUUCCGUGUCGGUUGAAAGAAAUCGUAAGGAAGCUAGAAUCGUAAUUGAUGGAGCGUUAAAGAAUGAAGUAAGGGAACCUCCGGGGCCAGUACGAGCGCUUCAUCUCACAUCGGAUCUCGUGAUUGGCGCCACGACAGAUUAUAGAGAUGGUUACGUUGGGUGUAUCAGAGCUCUCCUUUUAAAUGGUCAGUUGCAAGAUCUGAGAAGUUAUGCUCGUCAAAAUUUAUAUGGAAUUUCUGAAGGUUGUAUGGGUAAAUGCGAAAGUAAUCCGUGCCUUAACAAUGGCACGUGCCAUGAAAGAUAUGAUGGAUAUUCUUGUGACUGUCGAUGGACUGCAUUUAAAGGUCCAAUUUGCGCAGAUGAAAUUGGAGUAAAUAUGCGUCCAAGUUCAAUGAUAAAGUACGACUUCAUGGGUAGCUGGCGUUCCACUAUCUCCGAAAAAAUCAGAGUUGGUUUUACAACAACGAAUCCUAAAGGAUUUUUACUCGGCCUGUUUUCGAACAUCUCUGGAGAAUAUAUGACAAUUAUGGUCUCAAAUAGCGGGCAUUUGCGUGUCGUUUUCGAUUUCGGUUUUGAACGACAAGAAGUUAUUUUCCCUAAUAAGCAUUUUGGUCUAGGACAGUAUCAUGAUGUUAGGGUAGGCAGGAAGGAUUCAGGAGCGACACUCAUUUUGCAAGUCGAUAAUUACGAGCCGAAAGAAUUCCCCUUUAACAUUAAAACCUCAGCCGAUGCACAAUUUAAUAAUAUACAGUAUAUGUAUAUUGGAAGAAACGAAUCCAUGACAGAAGGUUUUGCUGGUUGCAUAUCUAGAGUAGAAUUUGACGAUAUUUACCCUUUGAAGUUACUAUUCCAGGAAGAUGGACCUGGAAACGUUCGUUCUUUAGGUACUCCUCUCACGGAAGAUUUUUGUGGCGUGGAACCAAUUACGCAUCCGCCUGAUAUCGUAGAAACUCGUCCACCACCGCAAGUAGAUGAAGAAAAAGUUCGAGCUGCUUACAACGAAACCGACACCGCGAUUUUAGGAAGCGUGUUGACAGUCAUUGUUAUAGGAUUAGUUAUAAUGACAGUACUUAUAGGAAGAUACAUGUCAAGACACAAAGGCGAAUAUUUGACCCAGGAGGACAAGGGUGCUGAAAUAGCACUGGAUCCAGACUCAGCGGUAGUUCAUUCUGCCACUGGUCAUCAAGUUCAAAAAAAGAAAGAAUGGUUUAUUUAAGUAUGAAGUUAGAUAUUUCGCUAUGUCGAUGCUAGAAUAUAUAGAUGAAAUUAUGCUUAUAAGUGCACUUUGAAGUGUCAUAACAAAAGAUUUUAUAGGGAGGAUAAAAAGAAACAUAAUUCUACUGUUUCGAUUUAAUGACAACUGUAUUAAACUGGAGACUGGUAAACUUAACUAAUUAGCACGAACAAAUUUAUCGAAUCCCUUAUAAUAAUGAAAAUAUUAAAAAAUAACUGGACAUUAAACAUUUUUAUUUUAUUGAUUUUCGUCAUAGUAGAAUUAUCACAGAAGAUAAUAUAAAAGAAAUAAUAUACAAUUAUGAGUUCAAAUAUUACGUUAAAAAGAUGUAAGCAUGUAGAAAUGUCUUAUUUGUAUUAAGUGUACCUUUGAUAUUUUUUCUGAAUACUUAUUAAUGUCAGUCAUCAUAUAGCUAGGAAUAAGAGGUAGUAAAAAAUCUUUCGAAUUGCAGACUGUUAUUACUUUACAUUAUGAGGUGCAUAAAUAUUUAUUAUGUACAUUGACAUUUAGAUUGACCAUCGCGACAGAAUACUAUGUUAGGUUAAAUACUUGUUUAACAUUUUAUUAUUUUAAAAAUGAGAACAGUUACUUGUUUCUUUUUUACUCUGUUAUAUCAGAGUUUUUACCUGUUAGCGUUAAUCGUAAGAACAUCAACAAAUCAACUGAUUUUGAAACUCAUUAAAAAAUUUAUUAGCUAUGCUAUUUUUCUAUCAAUGACAACAAAGUUAUUUGUACAUAUAUAAAAUAUUUCUAAAUCUUCAGAAAUAUUUCAUUACAUGUAAAAUACUUUUUUCUCUCUUUAUUUUCGCGAAACGUGUGUCCUUAGUAUUAUUUGUAAUGCUUACCGUCCAAAGUGCAUUUUACUUUUUCUUUAUAUUUAUUUUGUUUACAUUUGUUUAUUAUGUAUUUACAGAUAUUUUAUUUCUUUCGUGAAGUGUAACAAUCCGAAUUCUAUACUAUAACUUAACAUUAAUCUUAUCAAAACUAAUAUUCGUAUACUAUACGUGUAACAGUGAGAGUGUGCUGUAUAUAUAUCAUUUUUAUACAAAGGAAAUGUUUUACUGUAAUAAUAUGCCAGUGUAUAUUUUAUAUACUGUAUUCAGCAGAACGCAUGUGCUGCUAAAUAAAGACAAAAAGUCGUGAUUA